AUUCAGGCUCAGCCAUCAGACUGCACUUCCCUCAUCCUCACUCUCUCCUCAUCCCUCCAUUCAUCCUUCUCACAACCAAUUCUAGUAAUCUGUGUCUCUUUCCCCCUUGUCACUACCCCUCAGCACUGUCUAUCUAUCCUAUUUCCAUCACUUUGAUUGACUUUGACAAAGUUUAAAGCAUGGGAUGUGGGAAUUCCACCUCUGACAGCACAGCUGCGGGUUCAUCUGAGUCAGCCAAAGAUGUGCAGGAUGAUUCAUCUGUGGACGAUGAAAAGAGGAGGAACUAUGGUGGAGUGUAUGUGGGUUUACCUGCAGACCUCAGCAACGUGGCCACCGGACAAACACCCUCCACACACAAAGAAUAACGCUAUUCAGAGCUGAAGGCACAGAUGAAGGGCUUCCCAGAGGGAAUUUUGGCUGAAAAGUGCUGUGUAAUUGUCACA